GACUGGUGCCCUGAAGGGUCCUGAACACCACUCUCACAUACACACGUGUGUUGUGCGCCGUUGACAUGGCGGACCUACAGAUGAAACUUCUCCGCAAGAAAAUUCAGAAAAGAAAUGAUAAGAACAAAGAGCGAAAAUUACUUCGGACGCAGAAAGAAGAAGAAGAAGAAGUAGAGACAGUAAACUCCAACGGACUGGAAGACAACAGCUGUGAGAAACCAGAAAGUGCUUCCAAGAAAAACCAGAAGAAACAGAUAGUGGUGCCACUGGAUGGGACCACAGCAGAGGAGACUCCUCCUCUGAAGAAGAAGACGACAAAGAAGAAACGGAAGCUGGCUGACACUGCGGAAUCACCAGUUGAGAAGAAGACCAAAACAGUGAAAGAAGCUGGCGAAGAAGAAGAAGCUGAGGAGGAGGAAGGAGACGCUUUAGCCGAUGGGGAAAAGAAAAAUGAUGAACCAGAGGAGGGAGAAGAUGACGAAGAGGAGGGAGAUGAUGGCGAUGAUGAUGAAGAGGAAGAACAGCCUGAAUUACCAUCUGGUUUAACAGGAGCAUUUGAGGACACAUCCUUCACCUCUCUCGUUGACCUGGUGAGCGAGAGCACGCUGAAAGCGGUGAAGGAGAUGGGCUUUGAGCACAUGACGGAGAUCCAGCACAAAAGUAUCCGCCCCCUGCUGGAGGGGAGGGAUGUUCUGGCUGCUGCUAAGACAGGUAGUGGUAAAACCUUGGCCUUCCUCAUCCCGUCUAUAGAGCUCAUCUACAAACUCAAGUUCAUGCCCAGGAACGGCACCGGCGUCGUGAUUCUUUCCCCCACACGCGAGUUGGCAAUGCAGACGUACGGCGUGAUGAAGGAGCUGAUGGCGCACCACGUGCACACCUUUGGCCUGAUCAUGGGCGGCAGCAAUCGAUCAGCUGAGGCCCAGAAACUGGCCAACGGGGUCAACAUCCUGGUGGCCACACCCGGCCGUCUGCUGGACCACCUCCAGAACACGGCUGGGUUCAUGUACAAGAACCUGCAGUGUCUGAUCAUCGACGAGGCCGACCGAAUCCUAGAGGUGGGCUUCGAGGAGGAACUGAAGCAGAUCAUCAAGCUGCUGCCAAAGAAGAGACAGACCAUGCUGUUUUCAGCCACUCAGACCCGUAAGGUGGAGGACUUGGCUCGCAUCUCCCUGAAGAAGGAGCCCCUCUACGUCGGCGUGGACGACAACAAGGACAACGCCACUGUUGACGGCCUGGAGCAGGGUUACGUGGUGUGUCCGUCGGAGAAGCGCUUCCUGCUGCUCUUCACCUUCCUGAAGAAAAACCGCAAGAAGAAGCUCAUGGUCUUCUUCUCCUCCUGUAUGUCUGUGAAGUUCCACUACGAGCUACUCAACUACAUCGACCUGCCCGUCAUGGCCAUCCAUGGCAAACAGAAGCAGACCAAACGUACCACCACCUUUUUCCAGUUCUGCAACGCCGACUCGGGCAUCCUGCUGUGUACUGACGUGGCAGCCCGAGGCCUGGACAUCCCCGAGGUGGACUGGAUCGUCCAGUACGACCCCACAGAUGACCCCAAGGAGUACAUCCACAGGGUGGGCAGGACCGCCAGAGGCAUCAACGGCAGAGGACACGCGCUGCUCAUCCUCCGGCCAGAGGAGCUCGGCUUCCUGCGCUUCCUGAAACAGGCCAAGGUCCCAUUGAGCGAGUUUGACUUUUCUUGGAGUAAAAUCUCUGAUAUCCAGUCCCAGAUGGAGAAGCUGAUUGAGAAGAACUACUAUCUCCACAAGUCAGCCCAAGAAGCCUACAAGUCCUAUGUGAGGGCGUACGACUCCCACUCGCUCAAACAGAUCUACAGCGUCAACACCCUGAACCUCCCCAUGGUGGCCCAGUCGUUUGGCUUCAAAGUUCCUCCAUUCGUCGACCUCAACGUUCACAGCAGUAAAGGGGGGAAGAUACAGAAGCGAGGCGGGGGAGGUGGAUUUGGUUACCAGAAGUCCAAUACCGCCCACAAAGCCAAAAUCUUCAAGCACGUCAGCAAAGGAAAGGGCGACCGGAGGCAGUUCUCACGCUGAACCCCCUUCAAGUGAACCCCCUCCUGGACUGAUUCCUCUCCUGUGUAUUUGAAGAACUGCCCUUUUUAUUACAUGAACUUCCUGCUUUGAACAGAGUCAGGGACACGUGUCCCUGGCAUCAUGUAGGCCCAGCUGUCCCAUCAGACGUGGGAGAGUAUUUUGUAAAAGUAGAGACUCAUUGUGGAUGUUGUGUGUUGGAGAGGCCGCUGCAUUCCUCCUGUGUUCCACUGUGGACUCACUUUUCUAACAUUAUUUCAUGUCACCUACCUGGAAUAUUAAAUCUAUUGACUUUCA